UACAGAGUAUGUACACAGUAUGUACACAUUUUGUACAUACUAUGUUUUGAUUGAGAGCACAAGAUGGUGCGCCGGUUGCAGGAACAUGUCACUCAGCUCAUUCGGUGGUAAACAGGUUCAGAUCAGCAACAUUUUCCAUGUAGUAAUAACAUCAUAUCUUGUGACAUAAAAGUACGAGACUUGACGUUACAUGAAGUUACUUAGCUCAUACCUUCCCAUCUUCCUUUCAUGUGUGACGCACUAUUUUCCGAUCGUAAAUGGGGGGAGCAGUGAACAAGUCUCUCUAGCAUUCAUAGCGUUACCUGUGCUAUGUAUGAAAUGGAGUAUGGUGUUUAGGUCCUUCUUAUUUCCCUUGCUUAUUAGCUUAUUAUGUAAUAUAUGUAACCUGCCCUUGUUCUCCUUGCUUGAGAUUUUUUUAUUUAUUUUGAAAUACUGUCAAUCCCUCACAGGGAUAAUUACAGGGUUGGGAGUGAAUACAUAAACGAAAUGUAGAUCGAUAAGUUUCCUCAAGCAGGCAACGCAACAGACAACCAGAGAAAAAGCCAGUCAGCAACAUGAUAAGCACCUGUGACAAACGACGUCUUCCACGAAUUCAAUAAACAAUUCUAGCGUUGGCUGAAUAACAAUUAAUUCAUCCAAGAAAUUCCAGUCUCUAAUGGCUUGUGGAAGAAAAGAGAAGCGAGACACUUUAUUAGUACAAUUAAAUUUCUCUAGGGUAAAAUUAUGUUUGUUGCGUGUGUUCCUGAAAGUGUUGUGUGUAAUGAAUGACUUGGGGAUUUAGUUUGAAACUACGGUUUAGCAAUAAAUACAAGAAUUUUAACCUGUGCCCUUUGGCUCACCUAGACAAAGUUGAGAGGCCAGCGAGUUGCAGCAUUUCGGUUGGGAAAUCCGUUCGCCAGUGACGAUUGAAAAUAAAUCGCACGGCUUUCCCUUGUACCCUUUCAGGCAUGGCAAUGUUGUACUUAGUGUACGGAAACCACGCAACGCUAGCAUAUUCCAAUAUUGGUCAGGUGUUCAACUUACUGGUACCUUCUCAAAGCAGAGCUGAUCAGCUCUUGACUGGAGUUGGAAAGAGCAGCUUGUUGCUGAGGUUUGCUGACAACACUUUUACGGGCAACUACAUCACAACCAUCGGGGUAGACUUCAAGAUCCGCACACUCGAAGUGGAUGGCGAGCGAGUCAAGCUGCAGAUCUGGGACACAGCUGGUCAGGAGCGGUUUCGCACCAUCACAUCGACGUAUUACCGAGGUACCCAUGGUGUGGUCGUGGUCUAUGAUGUCACAAAUGGGGAGUCCUUUGCCAAUGUCAAACGCUGGCUUCAUGAGAUUGAGCAGAACUGCGAUGUCGUCAAUAGGAUCUUAGUGGGCAACAAAAAUGAUGACCCAAGUAGGAAAGUAGUGCUAACAGAGGACGCACAGCGUUUUGCUGACCAGAUGGGCAUACAGCUAUUUGAGACAAGCGCCAAGGAGAACAUCAAUGUCGAAGAGAUGUUCAAUGCCAUUACACGGAUGGUGCUCAAGAGCAAGAAGGAGCAGAAGGAGCGGCAGCAGGUGCCCGAGGACAAGCUGCGGUUAAAGCCCGGUGGCCACAAGAAGAAGAAGCAGUGCUGCUGAUUGGCGGCGGCCCUUCCCCCACCACCACCAGCACCCUUCCGUGCAGCUCUGGUUGCCGGAAGACCUGUACAUUUGAAUGGGAUCGGGAGGAAGAGGACAUGGCUCAUUCCCUCUGAGGGGGGAGUGUGCAGCGUCUGCCAAGAGCUGCCAGUGCGAAGAAACUCUCGUCGCCGCCAUUCGCUUUUGCCCUCUUUCUUCCUCCUCCGUCUGCUCGUCCUCUGUCUAUGCCCAUUGCUCACCGCAUCGCGGUACUUCAAGGCAUCGCCAGUGUUGAAGAGGUGGGGACUGCAGUGUGCACCAUGCAGCGAAUUUUCUCUCUUUUUUUUAUGUUUGCCCGUCUAGCCUCGCUAGUGUAGUGAUCUGUACAACAGCGUGCACCUUGCCCUCCAGUCCUGGUUUUUGCUGCUGCUGUCAAAGCAAGCGUUGCUCUAGCCAUGACCUGUCUGUGCGAAUGUUUGUUGAUAAGCGUGGCCGCGAACGACGCCCUCUGAGCUACAGCCACAAGCGGAUCAGUGCUGUCUGCAGAAGGACGUGCAGCUUGGUUCACUGUAAAUAUGAUGAAGAGGGAAGUGCAGCCAGGCUUUGGCAGGCAACCGUGCACAUCCCGAAGGAGCAUGUAGGGGUGGGCCUGGUGGUGGAUGUUUGUGAGCAGAUUGGGGUGUGCUUCACUGUGAUGCAGUGCUGAGCAAGUGUUUGUACGCGGAAGAUGUUGUGCCGAGGUAUUAGGUCUGCACUGGCGAAAUGUGGUAACACGGUUGGACAGCACGGCUGCUCAGUGGAGCACGCGAGGCCAUGUCUGUCGCUCGUCCUUUUUAUGUCUUUGCAAAAGCCUGUGCACUUGCAUCUCCGCCCGGUCAGUCAGGUGGGAAAGCAAGCAUGCAAUUCUCAUGUCUCUGCCCUGUUCUGUCAAUAUAUAUAUAUACAUAUAUAAGUUUUUUUUUUUUAAGCUUCACUCGAUAGCAAUGUUGCUCCAUUAUCUUUGUUGCCCUUUAUUAUGCCGGUGUGCUCAUUGCAGCUAUUUAAAAAUUAGUGCUGCAGUUCAAAAUGUAGUGAAUUAAGGGAGAGAUUUCCAGGUAGGCAUUGUAGCAGACAGCUUCUUAAAGCUGUGGGGCCAGCAGGGAAGAGACUAUCACCAUUUUUGUUCGGAUCAGUCUUAGUCACCGAAUUUUCGCAUGCAUAGCAUGAGCUUUUCUUUCCCGCACAUGUGACUCUUGUUUUUGAAGUGCAGAAUGUGUCAUCUUUCUUGCUCUUUUUCUUCCUCCACUGUGCUUUAUCACAACCAUCACUUGCAUCAUAUAUUGUUGUUAGUAUCACUGGAUGUAAAUUGCCUUUCAAAUACUGCUGUGUUGCUGCAGAAGCAUAUAUAUCGUUUAUUGGUUAUAUAAAUACAGAUUGCUGUGGUAUGAUUUGCAUUGCUUAAGCACUUGGCAAUGCAGAGUUUUAAUUGUGUCAUGCUGCCAGAGAAAUAUCACCAUCCUAUGUGCCACUCUGCAAGGCACAUAGCUCCCUACAGAGCAGUGUACACUGCAUACUCUCCCCUUGUGUCUCUCUCUUCUCUUUUUGCGGGCAGAGUAAUCUUUUGAUGAGUAUUUCUUACGUCUCUGCUGUGUCUCCUGGUUCAUGCAGGUCACACUGGUCACUUGAGCUGCAUAGCACAUUUGCAAGGCAUUUCACUGUGCUAGCAAAGUGCAGCAGGAUGUACCAUAAAACUAGUUUGUAACGAGUAUGUUUUCAUUGUGAUUUUUUUUUUAGCAUGUUGUUUUCUUAGUUCUAGCCGGUUCACUUGGGAUAUGAUGGACGGAGGCCACAGGCCUGUUGUAUGCGCAGUUUUACUCAUCUUUGCACGGCCUCUCAUGUAAGGAAGGUACCUGAGUUGCGCCUGGAUUUGGUCAAAUUUAUAGUCUUAAGCAUUUUUUUUUCUUUCUUUUUCCUUUUUUUUUUCUGCAAUUGGUUAUGACUCAAAGGAGCUUGCACCACGAUUGUGACUGUGUUUGUUGUUGAAUUUGUGGGUUAUGGUAAAUACUUCUGGGUCAUCGUGUGAAGCGAAAACACAAGAAAAUGUGCCCGCACUGCAUUUUAUAAAGUGUGUAGUCUGCCCUUUUUUUUUUCUUUUUUGCGGACAAGAGGAAGAAAAAGAAAAAGGUGGUAUUGCUCUGGGCACUUUACAAAGUGCUGUGUGCAUCCCGGCAAAAUAGUGUGCGCACCGCUGCGCGAAGAACAUUGAAAGUAAAAAAAUAAAGAAAACAAUGCGUACAUUGAAUUUUACAGUGAAAAAUAAACAUAUUGAAUGAUA